AUGUACUUCUGUCACGUAUGUCAGCGAUUUUACAAUCAGCAAGAGGUGAAUGAUGCCGCCACGAGCUGUGCGGUCUGCCACUCGCCCCUCAUUGAGGUUGUGCAGAACGAGCGGCAAUACCGCGAACUUCAAGCCAUUGUGCGCGCGCAACAGGUGCAGUUGCAAGAGCAGCAGGAGCAGGCGUCUGGAAAUUUCUUGGAGGACCUCCUUCCAUUGUUGCCUCGCUUAUUUACAGGCAACCCGCACGAUCACAUAGUGAUUAGUUUUUCUCUAACUGGGGCGCCAGAGAUGCGUUCCCGCCCACGCUACUCUGUUGAUGAGCUGAUGGAUUCGUUUGAGACACUCCCGAAUGGGCUGCAAGAGGGUGAUCGUUGUGAAUACCCAGAGGCCUUUCUUACUUCUUCUUGCGCCAUCUGCCUGGAAAGCGUUAUUGGGUCAAAUGGCCCUGUUGUGGUGUUGCCAUGCCGGCACUGCUUUCACAAGGACUGUAUUAAGCAUUGGCUUGCUGAGCACUUGGAGUGCCCGCUGUGCCGUGCGAACGUCGUUCCUCCCCAGGGAAUGGCUGCGCCUCUGCAGUCACGUGAGCAGCGCCCACCAGAAGGAGGAGAGGAGUGA